AUGGAAGCACCUGAUGACCAGUCCGGAGUCGCGCAGAUGGGUGCCGCGGCUUACGAUUCGUCGUCUGUAACCACCGCCGGCCUCCUCGGACUCACAACCCAGAUCAGACAGAAGAUAUAUUACUUUGCCGGCUUGGUCAGCGAUACCGAGCUAUAUCUCGACGCCAACUACUUAAAUCCUGAUAACCCAAACCUGACCUUCAGCGCCGAACCCCGGGUCGUGUUCUUCGCCAAAAAUCACUUUCACCUGACUGAGUGCUUUCCUGGCCAAAAGCGAACCGGUGAAGUAAUGAUAUUCCUGAAGAACAUCAAAUAUAUACGAUCGCUGAAGGUUCAGCUCUUUCAUGGGGACCUGUAUACAAAGUGGCUGCCCAUGGUUAAGUCUGUCCAAGACAAGCUCAACCUACGCUUCCUGAAGAUAGAGACGAUCCUGGAGAGCCUCCCAAAAUGGAACGGGUGGAGCAAGCUGACACCUGAGGAGAUGAUCAACGUUAUGAAGAAGAUGGUCGACGAGUCUAUAUGGCCUUUUGGAUAG